AUGCACAGCCAAGACUCACCCCGCCGUCUUCUCUUGGUCAGCGUUCCCCGAACUGCGUCCAAUUUGCUCCUGAAGAUCCUCAAUAUCCCUGGCCAGCCCAACACCAUCACAGCAGAUCGGGGCGGCUAUUUCUUCUACAAUGCCUUCCUCACUGUCGCUAAAGACGGUCGACUCACACAGGCCCCCUCGGAAUGGACCGAUGAAGCCAAACAUGAGGUCCAGUCAACCUUCCAAGAAUGCUUUGACCAUCUAGAGGAGAUGUGCGCUCUAGCUGAGCGAGAGAACAAGACCAUGUUCGCCAAGGAACAUUCCUUCUGGCUCUCCAAUCCCAUGGCCUUCAUGCAAGCUAUACACGGACCUGAGAAGGGCCCUUAUGACUUUUCAACCUUCCAGGUCAAUGUGCCUAGCGCCUAUGGUCCUACACGGACGUUUUCCACCAACAACAAGACAAUCCUCCCAGACGAGUAUCUACGCACAUGGACAAUGGCAUUCAUCAUCCGCCAUCCAGCCACAGUGUUUCCCUCAUUCUGCCGGGCCAUGAAUAAAAUCUCCGAUUUGGGCUUCAUGGACACCAAGAUACUACCAGGAACCCUACUCACGAACAUGACCCUCCAUUGGACCCGGUCACUAUUCGAUUGGUCUGUCGAGCAAACCGGAACCACUCCGCUGCUUCUGGACGCCUACGAUGUUAUCCACAAUCCGGAUGCUGUCACCAAAUUCUGUGAACUAGCGGGUCUAGACCCCAGCAAGCUUCAGUUUCAGUGGGAGAGAGGAGUGCAAGCGGGUGGCGGCGCACGGCAAAAUGGAGAUGUGUUUGACUGGGAUACAGGAAAGUCGGUUAUGCUGUCUACUUUGAAUGAAUCGUCGGGUGUCAUGAAGAGCAAAGAGCCCGCAGUGGUGGAUAUCCCAACUGAGGUGAAGAAGUGGCAGUUGGAGUUUGGAGAGGAGAUGGCACAGUUGAUAGAGAAGGCGGUUCAUGAUGCGAUGCCGGAUUAUGAGUAUCUUAGAGCCCGGAGGGUGACUGUUUAG